UUUUCUUUACAUUGUGCUGCAACAAAAUUAUAGCCUUCGCAUUUCAUACCACAGGCAAUUUUAGUCCAGAUAUCGUCCUUUUUAAUGCAAUUGGAACUAAAAUCAUUUUGAUACUUUUUGUACAAAUGUAGCAGCAUUGCUCUACUUUUAUCUGUCCAUAAGUUUUUCAUUCCUUUAUCCAGAACUUUUUCAUUGCUCUCUUCUAAGGGUAUCAAUAUUAUGUUCUCAGUUUCUUCUAAGAUAGAUGUCGAACAGCGAGAUGAAUUUUCUGUAUCAACAUUUUUUUCGGGUAACAUAAUUUCUAUUCCAUACGGUUUGAGCAAAGUUUCAAUAAUAUAUUCCGUUAAAGGAAUAUAAGCCAUUCUGCCUGCUGUAAAAUAUAAUUAAAAGAGGUUAUGUUAUUUGUAAACGUUUUUUAACAAUUAACUUGAGAAUUAUACAAAGCAAUUUUUACAAAGGAACUAGAUAUUAAGCAUUUAUUAAGCAUAAUUCGUUCUUUGUCGUGUCUAUUAAGACACAACAAAAGGCGAAAUAAAUGUACCAAAUUUCUAAACAUAUAUUUUGUAACUUACUUUUAUUGUCACGUAAAUAAACUUCCGACAUUUCUGCGUUGAAAAUUGGAUUUCUAUCGGCACCUUCUAUAACUUUAUACAAAGCUUGGGAUUGUGAUAUCUUACAAUUAGACAUAUUUGGUACACUAUUGUAAUUUCACUUAUUUCACGUACGGACAGAGAGGUUUCUUUCCCCUGGUACGGAAUUCUUGUGUAAAAUGUGAAAAGUGCGUUUCUGCGCAUGACGGGUAAACUCUACCUCAGUCGCGAGCAGGGUACAUAAGGAGCACCCUGGGUAAUUCCUCAAGAACUUUCUAAACGCAUGUGGGUAAAGGUAACUUUUCCACCAUAAUGUAUUUUUCGACUUUCUGAACGAGUUCAGAGACAUUUAUACCCUGCGGGUAACGUUUACGAACGCAGCCUUACACAAUUUCACCACCACAGAACCAAUUUGCACAUAUACAUACAUAUAUAAAAUACACCCGUAUUAUAUAUAGUAUACGAAAAUGGCUGCCUUGGCGCAAUGUUGGCUGAAUUUGAGAGAAACUUUCCGCCGCGGAUUAUAACGUAAGCCGUUCCUCGCGAGGGCCGUUUAAUAUCGUGGAAUCAUUUCGCGACCAUGGAGAGCCGUGACAGCGAUUGGCGGGAAUGUCGGUGACGGUGAAGGAGGAGCCGUCCGAGCCGAGCUCGAGGCAGGACUCGCAGCAGCCGUCCUCCCAGGACGCGGUCGAGGAAGAGGAGCGGAUCGAGUGCACGACCGAGGGUCAGGAGAGCGAGAUCCGCGCGUUCCUGUCCAAAUGCGUCUUCUGCAACUGGGUGUUCGUCCUCGGCGACGAGCCGAAGCUGCUCGAGUGCCUGCACGCGGUCUGCGCGGCGUGUGUCAGUAAUAAGCUCGGCGAUCACAACACGUCGGUGGAUGUGGAUGUGCUGUUGGAAAGCAACUUGAUUGUGUGUCAUGUGUGUAAUGUAACCAGCAAAGUGGAAAAUUUGAUUGAAAACAGAUUUCUUAAGUUAUUGGAAGAAGAGAGCAACUUGGGAUUGGACGAUGAACCUAAAGUUGAAGAGGAAAAAAAAUGCACCAGCUGUCACGAUAAUGCCACUGCCACUAGCUGGUGUGUCGAAUGUGAAGAAUUUAUUUGUCAAAAUUGUGUCAUGGCUCAUCAAAGAUUAAAGAUAACCAAGGACCACACAAUUAAACCCAAGGAUGAAAUGACGAAUGACAAUAGAGAUAAUGUCAAAAGGAGCAAUAAGAAGAUACCUGGAUAUUUAUUUUGCACAAUUCAUAGUCACGAACAAUUAUCUUUAUUUUGUCAAACGUGCGAUAAAUUAACUUGUAGAGACUGUCAACUUAGCGAGCAUCGUGAUCAUAAAUAAUUUAUUCAUGAAAUUGCUGCUGAAACUCGUUCCUCCAUGUCUACUUUGCUUAAAGAAGUAAGCUACAAACGAGUAUUGUUGAAAAGCGCGAUGAAAGUUAUAGAGGAUAGGCAAAUUCUGAUAUUGGAGAAGAAGAAAAAUCUUGUUCAAGAUAUUACGCAGAUGGUAGUACAAUUAACGAACGCAAUUAAUACAAGGGGAAAACAAUUGGUAAUGAAAUUAAACGAGGUGUGUGAUCAAAAGCAGAAUACUUUAAAUGAGAAGAAAGUUGCUCUGGAUCAGUUGUCCAAGCUUACGGAUCAUUGUAUACUCUUUGGCACUCAUGCCUUAAAUAAAGGCUCAGAUAUGGAAUUAUUAUAUAGUAAAAAAUCCGUUACAAAUCAUUUACUAAGGAUAAAAAGUAAACGAGCCGAUAUUCCAAAUCCCGAGAUACCGGUAAGAAUACAUCUGUCCCUGGAAAUACCAGAUUUAAUAAAAGUGGUAUCAUCUAUGGGAGCGAUAGUCGUCGAUGGCAGAGUAUAUCCAUCCGUAUCUCCUGGAAAUAAUAACACAGCGUACAGUGAACCACAAGCUGAACCUAAGCAAACUACAAGUUCGAACGCUCAAGAUGGUGCUAUUCCAAUUAUCCAGCCAGGAUUACCACUAUCCGGAGCAACUGUACCACAGCAAUCUGCCAACGUGCAACAAAAUUCCUACCAGCAACAAAUGCCUCUGCAUCUGUGUCAACAGCAGCAGCAGCAACAACAGCAGCAACAACAACAACAGCAGCAGCAGCCGCAGCAGCACCCGCAACAGCAAAACUACAACAUGCAACAGUACACCACACCGCACAAUAUGCCUCCUCGAUCAUCGCCGCAGGCGCAUCAGCCUCGCGUGCCGUACUCCGCCAGCUACAACAGCAACAACAGACUGCAACAACCCCUGGUGAUGCACCAGCAACGUCCUAUGGGCAACUGCCACCAGCAGCAAGUGACGUCGUCUACGCAUCCCCAUCAGCAGGUGCAGAACCUUGAUCAGCUCGGACAGAACUCGAGUCUACGCGGCCUUCUCGCGCACAAUCCUUCCCUUCCGCCGCCUCCGUAUCCGUCGUACCGAGGAUCCACGAAUCACGUGUCGUAUCGCUUGCCACCUGGGUACAGGUACACCUCGGGCGCCGGCUCCCAGAGAGGGGCAGCGGCGAUGGUUCAGGUGCCCCCGCAUCACGCAUAUCAGCAGCCGAACGCACGUCUGCCCCAGUGUACCUUAGCCUCCCCGUCGAUGCAGCACCUGGGGAACUAUCCCGUGCAGCAGCAGCAUCGCUGGCACAUACCUCAGCAAGCGAAUCCUUGCCUGCCCUCUUACACCUCGGCGACAAGGCAUCCGCACGCGGUCGCUCCCAACAUGACGGUCCUCCCUACCGGCAACGAGACGUACAAGAUCACGUUGAAGAAUCAAACGCAACCGGGGAACAAUCAAAAGUACAACGCCAAUGUGGCGAAUGUCAGCUCCUGCGACGUUAACUCGUCGCAGUCGCAAAACUCGCAGCCCGCCGCUGUCUCCCUGUUGCAGGCGGUCAGCUCGUCGAUACCCAAGACCCCUAGUCCUGUCACUACGCCUGGAAAGUCCGACGACACCGAGAAGAGUCUAGAUAAGUUUUGCCAGAAAUCGUUGAACGAUCUGAUGCUCACUAUCGCAAAGCUAGAUAGCAACGGAAUCAUGGUGAUACCGGAGGCUCAGAGGAACCAGAUGGAUUCUAUACAAGUGGACAGUUCUACGGAUGAGGAUAUCAACUCGAUGACUGAGAAUGCAACAGCAGACAAUUCGAAAAGUACAACUGCUUCGAUGGUGAUGAAGGAUGAUCCCAACGAAGACUGGUGUGCAGUAUGCAUGGAUGGAGGUGAUGCGGUGCUAUGUUGUGAUAAAUGUCCAAAAGUCUUCCAUCUUUAUUGUCAUACUAGUUUAAAGUCAUUUCCAGACGAAAGUGAAACCUGGCAAUGUAUGUUGUGCACGAAUGUACUCGACUGUUCGGACGAUGCACCGAAUACCGAGAAGAGACCGAACGGCAUGAGCGCUAAGGAAUUGCGAAUUGCGCAGAGAAUCGUUCUAGAACUUUAUUGUCAAUACGAGCAGAGUCUUCCUUUUCGGGAAGUCGUAUCAAGCGAGAUCACCGAUUAUCAUCGAAUUAUCAAGAAGCCGAUUGCGUUAGAUAUAAUCAGGGAUAAAUUAAAACCCGAGCAUACAGAUCAUUAUACGGAUCUGAGACAAGUCAUGGCGGACAUCAGACUCAUGUUCAAAAACGCUUUCACUUACAAUCCUGUGGAUUCGCAAGUUUAUCAAGAAGCUAGAAAUUUAGAAGAGUUUUUUGAGAAAUUGUUAUUAAAAUGGGCACCAAAUUACGCAUACGACGAUCCUUUUCUCGCACCCGACAAAGACGAAGAUGAGGAAGUUUUUCCACCUAAUAGAAAAUAUAGGCGCAUAAUUAAUGAUUAAUUUAUAUAUAAUAGA